AUGUGGGGGCAGCACACGGAGGGCGAUGGUUGGGCGCGGGUGACGCUGCUGCGCAGGCAGCUCCAGGUCGCGGUGAAGGACGAGGAUUUCGCGGCGGCGGCGCGGCUCCGGGACGAGAUCGGGUCGCUGACGGAGGAAAUGACGCCCAUGACGCGCCUCCUGAUGGAGAACAUAUCCCGCAUCAGCUCCACCGAAACAGCCGAGCGAGUGGCCGCGAUCAACGCCCUCGGGGAGCUCGGUGACGCGCGGGCGUGCUCCGACCUGAGGCGGGCGCUGCACGGCCCGGAGGAGGUGCGCGAGGCGGCCCACUCGGCGCUGUGGAACAUCUGGAUGCGGCACCCGGACCCGCAGAUCACCGCGCUGAUGGUGCACGGCUGCAACGCCAUGAUGUCCCCCCACACCCUCCCGAGGGCGGACGACAUCUUCACGGAGAUCAUCCGGAGGGACGCGAACUUCGCGGAGGGGUACAACAAGCGCGCGACGGUGUAUUACAUGCAGACGCGCUACGACGACUCCGUGAGGGACUGCCUCACCGCGCUCGAACUCAACCCGUACCACUUCGGCGCGAUGUCCGGGCUCGGGCUGUGCUACACGGCCCUGAACCAGCCGGACGAGGCGGUGACGUGGUGGCGGCGCGCCGUGGAGAUCGACCCGGGCCUGGACUGCCUGCGCUCGCUGAACGACAAGCUGGACGACGACGGGAGGCCGGGGGGCGACGCGGGGCCGACGGCGCUGUGA